GGCGACGUUUGUAAAAAGGCCAGGCGGGCGCGCGGGCUGCGGGCCUUCGCCUGGAGACUCCGCGGGAGGGCGGCAGAGCGGAGGUCAGGGCUCUCGGCGGAGGACGAGGCGUGGGCUUCUUCCUCUGGCCAGGGAAAGCAGAGAAUAUGAAAGCCUAUCUAAAGAGUGCAGAAGGCUAUUUUGUCCUGAAUAAAAGCACUACGAUUGGAAGGCAUGAAAAUUCAGACCUUGUUUUAGAGUCUGCAGACGUCGACAACCAUCACGCACUCAUUGAAUAUAAUGAGGCCGAAAGCAGCUUUGUUCUCCACGACUUCAAUUCCUGCAACGGCACGUUUGUCAAUGAGUGCCACAUUCAGAACGUGGCUGUGAAGCUCCUACCCGGAGACAUCGUGAGGUUUGGGUCCGGAGGGCUGACCUAUGAACUGGUCAUCGAAAACCCAGCCUCGGUCUCCUUCCCAUGGGUGAGGGGCCCAGCACCUUGGCCAAGGCCACAGCCACCUUGGGCCACCCAGCAACUGAACCAGUCACCCUCACCAACACAGACCCCCUUCUACCCGGGCAUCUGGACAGCACCAGUGCAGAGGAGCUGGUCGCAGGGGUCCCCCGAGCCCCCCAUGGUCCCACCAGCCUCCCACAGGCGGCCCGUGAGUACCAGUGAGAAGAUGUUCUCCUUCAAGGUGGACAGAGCCGCCCACAGCGUUCCCAUCAUCAGGCAAGUGUGGACCAACGUGGCAGAACUGUCGGAACAAUCAGUGGCCGAGGAAAUUCCUGGGGCAGAGCCCUACAGAGAAAUUUUUGUGGACCAGGACCUGUCCCAGUACGAUAAGGAUGAAAUAAUUCGGCUGCUGGGAAAAGAAGUCAGCCGUCUCUCCGAUUUUGAACUUGAAUCUAAAUACAAAGACACGGUGAUAGCAAGCCUGCAGAACCAAGUGGCCAACCUGAGGCAGAAGCUGUUGGAAACAGCCACCUCCAGGCAGAAGGAGAGGGUGAUCCCGCCCAAGUUUCAGGUUCUGCAUGAAGAGGACGAUGCCCAACAGAGAGAGAUCCAGAGCUUGAAAAACCAGAUCAGUGCCCUACAGCAAGGCUACAACCAGGUGCUGAGCCAGACCCUGGAAAUCACCUCCCUGAAGCACAAGGCCGAGAACUUAAGGAGGGACGCCGCCAUCACGUCAGAGAUGGUGUCAUCUUUGCAAAGAGACCUGUUAGUAAAGGAUGGUCAAGUUCAACAACUACAACAGGAGGUGAAUCAACUGAAAAGUGAGAACAAAGGAAAGGAUCACCAGCUCGAAGCCCUCAGCUCCAGAUGCUCAGUGCUGAAAGAAGAGUUACAGAAGGAAGAUGCCCAGAAGGAGAAGUGGGAAGCCCAAGAGAAAGAGUUAAAACUCUGCAAAACACAAAUCCAUGACAUGGAAAAAGAAAUGAGGAAGCUCAGGGUGGAGCUGAAAAGGAGCAGUACCGAGCAGAGCCUGAUCUCUAUGACGCUGCGGGAAAAGAGCAAGGUGGAAGAGAAGCUUCGGGAGGAUUCCAGAAGGAAAUUGCUUCAGCUGAAAGAAAUGAGGAACAGAGCAAACCUCAUUAAAGCCAAUUUGGAAAGGGCAGUAGGUCAGUUACUAGAAAAGAGCACCAGGGUCACAGAGGACAAUAGCAACGUUUGGCAGCAAAAGCGGACCCUGCAGAAGGAGACCCAGCUCAGCAGCUGCAAAGAGGAGGAAAUCACCCAGAACAUCAAGAAGCUGAAGACAUCCUUAGAGAGUUGCCAGGCAUGCAUGACAAUGUCUUGCUCUAGCAAUGACCUGAAGAAGGAGGUCGACCUCCUACAGCACCUGCAGGUGAGCCCACCUGUCUCAGGGCUCCAGAAGGUGGCACUGGACAUCUUGCGCCUGUCACUGUCCUGGCUGGAGGAAACGGAGCAUCUCCUCCACGAGGUGGGGAUCCAGUUCUCCAGCUCCGACAAAGAUCAUAAGGACCACAUGGAUCGAUCAUUUCUAGACUUAAAGACCCUCGGGAUGGAAAAACAUGUUCAGAAAAUAUUGGAUGUAAAACCUGACUUGCCAACUUUUUCAAGAGUAGAGAUCCGAACGCUUCAAAAUGGCCUUUCCAGCCCAGGGUCCAUCAUGGCCACUGAGAAGUUAUGGAAAACGGAUGUGGCUGAGGCUUUAGAUCUUAGUGAAAAGCUGUACUUGGAUAUGAGCAAAACCCUCGGGACUAUGAUGAACAUCAAAGAUAUGUCAGGUCACGUGUCCAUGAAACACCUCUCCCCAAAAGAGAGGGAGAGAGUCUACCAGCUUCGACAAAGAGACCUCUACCUGGUGUUUGAUAAGAUCACCCUUCUCAAGAACCAGCUGCAGAGGAAAGAAGAGCUUUUGAAACGAUACGAGAAGGACAUUGAACAGCUCAAGUAUGGCCCAUGUCCCCAGCAAAAGGCCCAGGCCUCCAUUCUCCAGGCUAAACCUCGGGGCAGCUCCAGACCCGUAGGGAUCAGGACAAGAGGACAGAGGCCUGGGUGUGGAGGGGGGAGGCGGGAUGGUGACUCAGGGCCUGAUGGACCCAAGUCUCUGGGCAAGAAAGCAGCAGUUAAAGUACCGUACUGUUAAGGAAUAAGGUGCACCUUUUAUAAAUGUGUCUGAUGUUUCA